UUCUCCAACCCAAGGAUGCUCUUGCAUCCGUGGGCAGUUCUAAGAUCCUGGAGCACACACAAACCAAAUGGCUGGUAAAACUUGAGCCAGAACUAAGUCCAGAGGCCACAGAAGAACUUCAGUAGCAACAACAGCAACAAGAAACCCCACACAACCGGGGGCGGGCUCGGGGAGGCUUAUAUAAACUGUCCCUUGGUGCUGGUUUCAACACCUACUUAGCUGGGCUUUCUAGGGUCCACACUGCCCUCACUAAUCUCGCCCCCUACCGGAAAGGAAAAGCAAAAGUUUCUAAAUUAAAGGGCGAUAGCAGGGUCACGUGGCUCCAGUUCUAUACUUAGGGAAACUUUAAGGCCGACUGAGCCUUUUCUUUAAAGAGAGGGUUUUUUCUGUCUUUAAAGUCUUUCCUGCAGCGUCUUGUACCGAGUGUCCCAAAUGACUGAAUACAAGAUAUUCAUUUUCUUGAUCUGAAGAAAAAGGGACUAGCCACUCUAAAAAGGGAGGGACUUUGGGGGAAUGGCUGCCCAGCGGCAGAGAUGAUGUCACCGCUUCUGCAGGAGAGUCAGGGGGUGGAGCAGCGAAGUUGGGAGCCGACUCUGCGCUCACAGCUGCCAAGGCAGCUGAGCCCACGUCAGGGGACGAGUCUGGAUAAAUAGGGUCCCGCAAUGGCCGUGUCCGGCUGCGCUCCGAGCUGCGGGGUCCGAGACUGGAGCUUCCGGCGCGGGUCGGUGCUCUGGAGGUUGAACGCUGGCGCUACUGGUGCUCUCUGUGCCCAGGGGCUAUCGGCAGCCAAACCCCAGAACUAUCCAUCAGUGGGGACCUGCAGGAAAGCUCAACCGCUGCUCCUAGGUAAAGAGAUAGGGAGAUCAGGGGGACUGGAAGAGAAGGGCCCUUCUUGCCAGCAGCAGCGCGGGAGGACAGUGCCAUGCUCCUCUCCAUCCUGGGGGCUUUGUGCCUGUGGCUGCGCCUGGCGCUGGGCGUGCGGGGCGCGCCCUGCGAGGCUGUGCGCAUCCCCAUGUGCCGGCACAUGCCCUGGAACAUCACCCGAAUGCCCAACCACCUGCACCACAGCACGCAGGAGAACGCCAUCCUGGCCAUCGAGCAGUACGAGGAGCUGGUGGAUGUGAACUGCAGCUCUGUGCUGCGCUUCUUCCUCUGUGCCAUGUAUGCACCCAUCUGUACCCUGGAGUUCCUGCACGACCCCAUUAAGCCCUGCAAGUCUGUGUGCCAGCGCGCACGCGACGACUGUGAACCUCUCAUGAAAAUGUACAACCACAGCUGGCCAGAGAGCCUGGCCUGCGACGAGCUACCCGUCUAUGACCGCGGAGUGUGCAUCUCUCCCGAGGCUAUAGUCACGGACCUUCCAGAAGAUGUGAAGUGGAUAGACAUCACACCAGACAUGAUGAUGCAGGAGAGGCCUUUUGAUGCUGACUGUAAACGUCUGAGCCCUGAUCGGUGCAAGUGCAAAAAGGUGAAGCCGACUUUGGCAACAUACCUGAGCAAAAACUACAGCUAUGUUAUUCAUGCCAAAAUAAAAGCCAUCCAGAGGAGUGGUUGCAACGAAGUAACAACCGUGGUGGAUGUGAAAGAGAUCUUCAAGUCUUCCUCGCCCAUACCUCGAACCCAAGUCCCCCUCAUCACGAAUUCCUCCUGCCAGUGUCCACACAUCCUGCCCCAUCAAGAUGUCCUCAUCAUGUGCUAUGAGUGGCGUUCAAGGAUGAUGCUUCUUGAAAAUUGUUUAGUUGAAAAAUGGAGAGAUCAACUAAGCAGAAGAUCCAUACAGUGGGAAGAGAGACUCCGUGAACAGCAGAGGACAGUGCAGGACAAGAAGCGAACAGCUAGCCGCACCAGCCGCAGUAAUCCCCCCAAGCCGAAGGGAAAGCCACCCGUUCCCAAAGCUGCCAGUCCUAAGAAGAACGUCAAAGCUAGAAGCGCCCCCAAAAAACCAAACCCGAAGAAAAGUGCAAGUUAAGUACUUUCCCAGAUGGAGCCACGCGUACAGGAUUCGGCGGUACUGCCCGGGACAGCCUACAGAUGGUCACAAGCCACUUGCCUUAAGGACUCACUCCAGUUCUCCGCAUAGACGCAUCUUGUAGCACUUUUUAAAAUGAUAGCUUCCAUUUUUCUCUUUAAGCCACAUAGCCCCGUGGGUGGUUGGUCCUCUGGAAUGGAAGGAGCGAGGGGGAAGGCUGGUGCACGGGUUUGCCCUCAGGGUAGCCUGUGUACACACUCUGUGACCUUCGUGAGAUAGGAAAGGCACUUCUGUUUUGAGAGUUUGACCUAAUAUAUACACUUUAAAGUUCACAUAAUAUGUCAAACAAAACAGUAUUUUGGACGACAAAAGAUAUUUUAUUUCCUUUGACUUCUGUUAGGAAGUUAGUGAUUAAAUGUGGUUAAAAAUAUGCUUUUGACGAAGGCAGAAGAAUGAUACUUAACAGAUCUUCAUGUGUUUGUUGUCUGCAAACAAACAGAUAUUUUUCUGAUGAAUGGGGUUUUGAAAAAUUAGAGAUACAGGAAAUCGUCAGACUUUCAAUGCUGUCUUUAGCCAGAAACUUUGAAAACUAAGCUAACAAUGACAAAUAAAAAGGAGAGGC